AAUGGAUUAAAUCAUUUGUACGAAAUAAUUGUGGUCGUUAUAAUUUUCUUUGGCUUGAUUCAAUUGAUGAUAAUCAAAUAAAUCAAAUAUCUAAUAUGACAAUUGGUUGGCAAACUAAAAUAUCCAAUAAUAAUAAUUCUCAAAUACUACCAUUAAUUUUUAAACAUAAUAAUCAUAUAGAUGAUGAUUAUUUUUGUAUAAAAUAUAUUAAUUCAUAUGAUAAUAUUAAUUUAACACAAUUAGUAAAUGAACGAACAUGUUUUUGGAAAAAAUAUUUUUUAAAACGUGAAAAACUUGAAUGUAUAUCAUUAAAUAAAAAUCAAUUUAAUAUAAAUUAUCGUUUUUCAUCCGAUAUUGAAUCAUAUCAUUUAGAAACAAUACAAACAAAUAAUAAUAAUAAUAAUAAUACAUCAUUAAAUAUAUUAUUAAAUAUUAAUCAUACAUUAAUAACAUUAUUAAUUGAUUCAGAAAUGAAAUCAUUACAUCCAUUAUUAACAACAUAUCAAAUUCAAAUACAAUCAACAUUAAAAACAAUAGAACUUUGUCUUUAUUUAUCAAAAUUAUUAACAUAUAAAUAUCAUUUACGUGUAUUUCGUUUAAUUAAUAAUAAAAAUAAAAAUGAUUUUAUACCAUUUCAUAUUGAACUUAAUGAUGAUACAUUAAAAAAUGGUCUUUGUUAUAUAUGGAAUCGUGAUACACAAUUAAAUGAACAAAUACAUGUUAAACAAGUUGCAAAACGUUUAGCUGAUUAUUUUAAAGCACUUGAAGAUUUUAUGUAA